AUCGGAGGAGCUCCUCCCGUGGGGCGAUAAGCGGUCCUCCUCCAGUCCGAGGCUCCUCCUCCCUUUGCUAUCGAUAAUCUGGUAUAAAGGACGGGAAUAUAGAUAGUGCAUGUCUAGUAUACUCAUCAUUUAUUUCUUAAUCAUCCCCCCUUCUUUUCCUUGUUUAGAAACAAAAAAAAAAGAACAAAACAUCCCCCAAAAUGUCCUACCCAACCCCCCAAACAACCACCAUCCAAAACCCGCGCCUCCGCCUCCUCAACGCCCUCCGCAACAAUGAAUACCCGCUCAUGACCUUCAUGGCCCUCCCCUCGGUGCGCAUGGCGCAGAUCGUCGCCCUCACCGGCGUCGACGGCAUCAUCAUUGACUGCGAACACGGCCACAUCGGCGACGACGCCAUGCACAACUCCGUCGCCGCAAUCUCCGCCCUCGGCGUCUCCCCCAUCAUCCGCAUCCGCGGGCCCGCACACGACAUCAUCAAGCGCGCGCUCGACACGGGCGCGCACGGGAUCAUGGUGCCCCAGAUCAACAACGCGGAGGAGGCGCGCGCGGUUGUUGCGAGCUCCAAGUUCCCGCCGCAGGGGGUGCGCGGCCAGGGGAGUGCGUUUCCGGCCAUCGGGCAUGGGCUGACGACGCCCGAGUAUAUGAAGUCUGCCAACGAGACGAUUGUCACCAUGGUGCAGAUUGAGACCAAGGCGGGGGUGGAGAAUGUCGAGGAGAUUUGUGCCGUUGACGGGGUCGAUCUGGUGUUUAUUGGGCCGAAUGAUCUGGCGCAGAGUCUGCUGGGCUAUGUCCCUGCGCGCGGGGACGAGCCGGUGUUUGUCGACGCGGUGAAGAAGAUUGUGGAUGCGGCCAGGAGGCAUGGCAAGUGGGCGGGGCGCAUGGUGAAUAAUGGGAGUGUGGCGAAGAGUGAGCGGGCGACGUAUGAUACGGUGGCCAUUACGGGAGAUACCAAGGCGAUUCAGAAUUGGUACAUCUCCGAGUUUGAGAUUGCGAGGUCAUAGAUGGUGAUUUACGAUGUUAUGAAUAGACUUGUGCAUAGAAUUUCAGAUAUUUGGCAUGGACCACGGUACACGUUCAACCCCCAGGAAGUUUACUGCUGAAUAGCUACUAUGCAUUCAGGACAUCUCAAUCCGCUGGUAAUGAAGACGCGGCUUGUUCAAGCGCCUCUGUGCUGUCUCACAUGCUUGUUUUCUGGGAAAUGUGUGCAUUUCGC